UCCCCCCAUAGAGAAGUGUGAAAAGCGAGAAGUUGAACUGGCACAAUUUCACAGCCAUCGUGUUUGCAGUGCCUGCAAUUCCCUUUUGCCACUAUAAAAUUCAAGUCCCUACAUGCUUACAUAUACAUACACGUCUAUAUAGAGAGAGAAAGUGAUUUGGAAGAGGCGACGAAGGGAGAUGGUGUCGUACGUGAGCGUGUUGCUGUAUGGGGUGGGUGGAAUAGUGGUGGCGGGGAUGGCUUUGCUGGUGGCGUUCCAGGAGAAGUUAGUGUAUGUGCCGGUAGUGCCUGGUUUAACCAAGUCCUAUCCUAUGACCCCUGCCCGCCUCCGCCUCCUAUACGAGGAUGUGUGGCUCAGAUCCUCCGAUGGCGUCAGACUCCAUUCCUGGUUCAUCAAGCUAUUCCCCGACUGCCGAGGUCCUACCAUUCUCUUUUUCCAGGAAAAUGCUGGAAACAUCGCCCAUCGUCUUGAAAUGGUUCGCAUAAUGUUACAGAGACUGCAAUGCAAUGUUUUCAUGCUUUCAUACAGAGGUUAUGGAGCUAGUGAGGGAUUCUCUUCACAACUUGGUAUUACAAAGGAUGCUCAGGCUGCACUGGAUCAUUUGUUUCAGAGGACAGAUAUUGACACAUCAAGAAUAAUAGUCUUUGGAAGGUCACUUGGGGGAGCUGUUGGAGCUGUGCUUACCAAAAACAACCCUGACAAGGUGGCUGCAAUAAUAUUGGAGAACACUUUUACUUCUAUCCUGGAUAUGGCUGGCGUUUUGUUACCCUUUCUUAAAUGGUUUAUUGGGAAAAGUAGCUCAAAGGGUCCCCGACUUCUUAAUUUUCUGGUUCGCUCUCCAUGGAACACCAUUGAUGUCAUUGGUGAGAUCAAACAACCAAUUCUUUUCCUCUCUGGACUGCAAGAUGAAAUGGUUCCACCGUCCCACAUGCAGAUGUUAUAUGCUAAAGCAGCUGCACGCAAUCAGCAAUGUUCAUUUGUUGAAUUCCCUAAUGGCAUGCAUAUGGAUACAUGGUUGUCUGGUGGUGAUCGAUAUUGGAGCACAAUUCAAGAGUUCUUGGAAAAAACUGUUCCACAGAAGAAUAGUGACUCUAAGCAAGAUUUUGAGGCAAGGUGAUCUGCUGCGUGUAAUACUUGGGCGUCCCAAGGGUUCAACAAUUUUUCCCUUCUUUUCCAUUUUGCAGCGACGAAAAGCUUUCUGUGAUUGUCCACCGCAGCUGCUGCGUUUCUCAUAUGUAUUCUUGUGGACAUCCACAUUGGUGCACAGUUUUCACUAGACCAUAACGGUAUUGAAGCUUUGGGUGUACCUAAUAUUACAUUACAUGCUUCAACAUCUAAGCCAGACUGAUUGUAAUUGUAUGAAAUAGAAAACAAAAUAAUCUCACAUUUAUAUUUGGUAUUGGAGUCAGCAGCUCUCCCUUCACCUC